AUGAGCCCAGUGCUGGCUGAUGCAGGCAGUGAAGCCCUGAGAGGUGACACUAUACACCCAGGUUCCCCCGACAGUGGUGGAGGGGCUGAGCUGCGUGUCUCUGUGCUGCAUGUCUCUGUGCUGCAUGUGUCCGAGCUGCAUGUGCCCGAGCUGCAUGUGUCCGAGCUGCAUGUGUCCGAGCUGCAUGUCUCCGAGCUGCAUGUGUCCGAGCUGCAUGUGUCCGAGCUGCAUGCCUCCGAGCUGCAUGUGUCCGAGCUGCAUGUGUCCGAGCUGCUGCAUGUGUCCGAGCUGCAUGUGUCCGAGCUGCAUGUGUCCGAGCUGCAUGUGCCCGAGCUGCAUGUGUCCGAGCUGCAUGUGUCCGAGCUGCAUGUGCCCGAGCUGCAUGCGUCCGAGCUGCAUGCGUCCGAGCUGCAUGCGUCCGAGCUGCAUGCGUCCGAGCUGCAUGCGUCCGAGCUGCAUGUGCCCGAGCUGCAUGUGUCCGAGCUGCAUGUGUCCGAGCUGCAUGUGUCCGAGCUGCAUGCGUCCGAGCUGCAUGCGUCCGAGCUGCAUGUGCCCGAGCUGCAUGUGCCCGAGCUGCAUGUGUCCGAGCUGCAUGUGUCCGAGCUGCAUGUGUCCGAGCUGCAUGUGCCCGAGCUGCAUGUGCCCGAGCUGCAUGUGUCCGAGCUGCAUGUGUCCGAGCUGCAUGUGCCCGAGCUGCAUGUGUCCGUGCUGCAUGUGUCCGAGCUGCAUGUGCCCGAGCUGCAUGUGUCCGAGCUGCAUGUGUCCGAGCUGCAUGUCUCCGAGCUGCAUGUGUCCGAGCUGCAUGUGUCUGAGCUGCAUGUGUCCGAGCUGCACGCGUCUGAGCUGCACGUGUCCGAGCUGCAUGUGUCCGAGCUGCAUGUGUCCGAGCUACAUGCCUCCGAGCUGCACGUCUCCGAGCUGCACGUCUCCAUGCUGCGUGUCUCUGUGCUGCGUGUAUUCGAGCUGCAUGUGUCCGAGCUGCAUGUGUCUGAGCUACACGUGUCCGAGCUGCAUGUGUCCGAGCUGCAUGUGUCCGAGCUGCAUGUGUCCAUGCUGCAUGUGUCUGAGCUACAUGCCUCCGAGCUGCAUGUGUCCGAGCUGCGUGUCUCUGUGCUGCGUGUCUCUGUGCUGCGUGUAUUCGAGCUGCAUGUCUCAGUGCUGCAUGUCUCCGUGCUGCGUGUGUCCGAGCUGCACGUCUCCGAGCUGCAUGUCUCCGUGCUGCGUGUGUCCGAGCUGCACGUCUCCGUGCUGCGCGUGUCUGAUCUGCAUGUGUCCGAGCUGCACGUCUCCGUGCUGCGCGUGUCUGAUCUGCAUGUGUCUGAUCUGCACGUCUCAGUGCUGCACGUCUCAGUGCUGCACGUCUCAGUGCUGCACGUCUCAGUGCUGCAUGUCUCUGUGCUGCAUGUCUCCGUGCUGCAUGUCUCUGUGCUGCAUGUCUCUGUGCUGCAUGUAUCUGUGCUGCAUGUCUCUGUGCUGCAUGUGUCUGAUCUGCAUGUGUCCGAGCUGCACGUCUCAGUGCUGCACGUCUCAGUGCUGCAUGUCUCAGUGCUGCAUGUCUCUGUGCUGCAUGUCUCAGUGCUGCACGUCUCAGUGCUGCAUGUCUCAGUGCUGCAUGUCUCUGUGCUGCAUGUCUCUGUGCUGCAUGUGUCUGAUCUGCAUGUGUCCGAGCUGCAUGUCUCAGUGCUGCAUGUCUCAGUGCUGCAUGUCUCUGUGCUGCACGUCUCUGUGCUGCAUGUGUCUGAGCUGCACGUCUCCUUGCUGCGAGGGAGUCGUCACGCCUCCCAAAAGCCAUCCAACCCUCCAGAGUCCAGGGUCCAGGGUCCAGAGUCCAGAGUCCAGAGUCCAGAGUCCAGACUCCAGACUCCAGGGUCCAGAGUCCAGAGUCCAGAGUCCAGAGUCCAGACUCUAGAGUCCAGAGUCCAGAGUCCAGAGUCCAGAGUCCAGAGUCCAGAGUCCAGAGUCCAGAGUCCAGAGUCCAGAGUCCAGACUCCAGAGUCUAGAGUCUAG